UUUUUGUCUAAUUAAAUGUGCCGCUUAGUUUUAUUAUUAUUCCACUGGCUGUUGUGGAAGCAUGGGCACGCCUUCGAGGUGCUCUUCGGGGAGAGCUAUCCUGGAUAUCGCAUCGGCUCAGACCUGGACGCAGAGUCGCAGCGGCUGCACAAACGCGACAUGCAACAGUUUUAUGACAAAGCUGGCUAUAGUUUCAACGGCCUUGAGCGAGUCGCCUCUGUGCCGGUGCCGUUUCCCCUGGACAUUUGCAUGCUGCAGCUGCCCAGCGUUAAGUAUGCCACAGCACUGCACAAGGAUGCAGCAGGUGUGCGCCAAUUCGCUGUGUACGUGUGGCGGGCGGCGGAGCAGGACUAUGAGCUGAUGCUGCAGCAGCCGGCGCCCAAAGCUGUGGCACUGGACUGCCUGGCAUAUGCGGGUCUGGGCUAUGUAGCCCUCAGCUAUAACCACAGUGAGCCCGUGAUGCAGGCGCGCGAUGGUUCGCCCAUCUACGAGCUAUCGCCGGAGCGAGUCAUGCGCACGGUGCAGUACUUUGCCGGAGUGCACUUGCGAGGUAUGUACCUGAGGAUUAGCAGCCAGGAGCUGACGCUGCUGCAGGCCUACGAGGGGGGCGGCACGAAGAGGCAGCCGAGCUGUCCCUACUUUAAGUGGACGAGUGGCACAUUCCAGCGCCUGGGCGCCAUCCCCUGCAGCAACGCGCGUCGCCUGGAGGCCUUUGGCAUUGACUACGCGGACUAUGUGGCGGUGGCUAACUAUGCUAGUCCAGAUGGCCGCACCUCAACCCACUCGGAGAUCUACAAAUAUGAGCCAGCAACGCGUCGCUUUCAGCUCUUCCAACGCCUGCGCACCAAUGGAGCAGUCGAUGUGAAGUACUUCAGUCUGCCCGUGAAUGAAGUGAGCCGCCGACAUUUCCUUAUAAUGGGCAAUACGGUGGGUGACGCAGGAGCAGUAGGCAGCGCUGGUGAAGCAGACACGGUGAUCUAUGUCUUUGAUAAAGGAGAAUUCGUGCCCUAUCAGCGACUGAGUUUCUAUGGGCUAGAACGAUUUUUGCCCGUGACGCACUCAGUUUCGGAAAAGUUUCUGUUAUUUGUGGCCUGCAGCAAGCAGGAUGUGAAAAUUUACAAUCUCAACGACUGGAAAUUCGAGGAAUCAACUGUGCAGUUCACCGAAGGCGCCUUCAGCAGGGGCGUGGCACGCAUGCGCAGCUACGAGGAGAACGAGCAGAGCUUCAUAGUUAUUGCCAACGAGAAUAUGGCUGCCAAUGAGACAAACAUAUUCCAGCCGCUCUAUAAACAGGACGAACACGCCAAUGUCCUGCGGCAGCAAAUCAUCGAAUGGGCGCGCGAGCAAACAAAGCGAAUCGAUGCAGUCAGUCUGGAGCAACUAUUACUGGCUUUAAAGCUUAAAGUCAGCGAACGGGAAAAGCAUCCGCGAAAAAUUCACAUUAAACGCGUGAAGACCAAGUCGGUGAGUAACAUAAUGUGCACAUAUGCUUAA